AUGACAUUCAAUCAAGCAACUUGUCGAUAUGAAAAAGCAGUUCACGGAUUGCCAGCUAAUAUGAAUUAUGAAUGGAAAGUUGCUUUUAAUGGAAAAUGGGGUGGAGAUAAAGGAUGUAAUAAUGGUGGAAACUGUCAAUUUAAUAGUGGUUCUUCUGGUACAAUACUUCUCAUCUAUAAUCCAUUCAAUGGACAGCUAGCAACAAGUUCUCUAAGUAGUGAUCAAACAACUGUUCCAGGUAGUGUUUCUACUUCUGCACCAUCAACAUGUUCAAAUCCAUACAAAGGUCGAAUAGUUCGAACAUCAGGCGAUUAUCAAUCUGAAUUAGGCAGUACAGCUCCAUGGCUGACUACAGAAGUAAAUAGUUUAAUGACAUUUGAUGAAACGUCUUGUCUCUAUUUACUUACUCUUUCUGGUCUGACAUCAAAUAGAUUCUAUGAAUGGAAAGUUACUUUUGAUAAUUCAUGGUCAGGAAGUAUUGGCUGUGGAAAUGGUGGAAAUUGUAAAUUUUCAACGAGUGCAGCUGGUACUGUUGAACUUGUAUUUGAACCUAGUUCAAAACAAUUAUCAUUUCGUCCUCUUGCAACUGUUUGUGGUAAUGGACAAUGUGAAUUAGGUGAAACAUGUAGUACAUGUUUGAUUGAUUGUAGUGAAUGUCCACCAGCUAUAUGUGGUGAUGGUAAAUGUGAAGAUGCUGAGUCAUGUGAAUCAUGUUCAAAUGAUUGUGGCAAAUGUUCAGUAUGUGGUGAUGAUAUAUGUCAAACAAGUGAAACAUAUCAAACAUGUCCACAAGAUUGUCCAAAUGAAUUACCUGGAUGUGGAAUAUUUAAGGAAGAAAGUUGUGUAGAUGAUUCACAAUUUCAUGCAACAUCAGAUGUUGAAGAAAAACGUUGGCAAACACCAAAACCUGGUACAAAUGGUUAUCAAUCAUCAUUUCAAGAUUAUCAUACACUUGUUGGCUAUGCUGAUAUCAUCUAUAUAAGUACUGAUCGUCUUGCAGCUGAUGUUUGUCUUCAAACAAAACAUCGUCAAUUAAAUUCAGUCACAUUAACUUAUUUUUUUGAUGGUAUUACUCAAACAACAAAAUGUAAACGUUAUACAAAUGCAUAUACUGGUAUUUUAUUAGCAGUUGUAACUGGAAGUGAUGGAUCAACAUUAGAAUUACCUGAAAUUGAUUUUGUAUGGAAUGCUAAACCAAUUCCUAGUCGAUCAGGUGAUUAUCAUAAUGGACAAAAAGGUGCUAUAACAGAAAUGUUUGGAUGGCCACACAAUGACGUAAAAGAAGAAUGUGAAUUUCUUGGUAAAGCUGGUUAUUUAGGUGUAAAAUUAUUUCCUGUUCAUGAGCAACUUAUGUCAACACAACCAUUUGAAAAUGCAAUGAAUCCAUGGUAUUUUAUGUAUCAACCAGUUUCAUAUAAUUUAGAUGGUCGAAUGGGUACACGUGAAGAAUUACGUGAUCUAAUUCAAACAUGUCGAAGCUUUGGUGUUCGAGUAUAUAUAGAUGCUGUACUAAAUCAUUUUACAGGUGCAGGAAAUGAUCUUAAUCAACAUCGAAAUCCAGGUAGUGGUUGUGUUAAAUGGGGUAAUAAAACAAGUAGUGCACCUAUUGAGCGACAAUCACCAUUUUAUAUACAUGCUUUUACUUAUCAAUACAAUGCAAAUACAGGAAAAGCUCCAUCUAAUGAAUUUCCAGCUGCUGCUAUUGGCCCUGAAGAUUUUCAUUGUGAUCGUCCAAAUGGUGCUUGGACUAAUUUAUUUAUUUUAAAUAAUGGUUGGCUAGUUGGUCUUGUCGAUCUUGAUACUUCAAUGGAUUAUGUACGUGAACGGCAAGCAGCUUAUCUUGUUGAUAUGUUAAGUUUAGGUGUAAGUGGUUUUCGAAUUGAUGCAGCUAAACAUAUAUCACCAGAAGAUUUAUCAGCAAUAAUGAAAAAAGUUCAAACUAAAAUGGGUGGUAAAUUACCAGAUGAUUUCUUUGUCUGGCUUGAAGUUCUUACAGAUGGAGAAGCACAGUAUAUUUGGACAGGACCUUCGUGGUACGGCACUAUGUUUACAAAUAUUCUCAAACAAGAUCUCGUUUUAGAUUCAGAAAUUGAUAAGAUUAAAUUUUAUUUUAUUUUGAUCAUAACGAUGUGGGAUGGUCUCUAUCCAAAAGAACCAUUUCAUAAUCCAACAGUACCACGUCAUCGUGUAGUUAUUCAAAAUGAUGAUCAUGAUCAACAAAAUCCAGGUUCAAGUAGUCGUGAUAUGGAUACUUUUGGUUGUGUUCUUGUAAAAAAUUGUUCUAUAUCAGUUCAUCGUAAUUUUGAAAUUCGUCUCUUUACAAAUCCAAAUGGAGUAACUGAUAAUAAUAAUGAUUGGCCCAUACGAUUCAUUCUUUCAUCUUAUUAUCAUACCUAUGGAGAUCUUGGUAUUCCCGAUGGAAAAUCAUCAUGUAAUCUAUGUACAGUAAUGUGUGAGACGUGUCGAAAAUCAGUACCUUAUAUCAAAGCACAUGAACCGAUGGCAUGUGCAUAUGUUGGCAAUGGAUAUACACGUACACAUCGUGAUAUAUUUGUGAUCAAUGCAAUGCGUGCAUGGAUGAAAUUAACACCAAUAUCAGGAGUAUCGUUGGGUAUUGGACAUUGUGCAUGA